CGAAGCCCCGUCCUCGCCUAAGGCGUCCUGUGUUGUGCCCCGGGGUCGCGUGCGCCGCCACUUGUCCGUCGCAGCCAGGUGUCAAGCCUCCAGCGAUGUGUACCUUGAGGAGUGCUGUGAGCUGUUAAGGAGCCUAAGCCGCGGCAGUCAUGAUGUCAUCCUGGCUGACGACGACCGUCGGUCUCUUUGUGUUUCUAUCUACCAGACAUCCCGCCAGGGCGAAGUCUCACAACAGUCUGGACAUCUCAGACAUACUGCCCGGGAACACGAAGAUGUACGACAAGAACCGGCCGCCCAAGUACCGCGGUGAGCCCACCACCGUCUACUUUCACGUGACCGUCAUCACACUGGACUCCAUCAACGAAGAGUCAAUGACGUACGUGGCGGACGUGUUCCUGGCGCAAAGUUGGCGCGACCACCGACUGCGACUUCCGGAGAACAUGACGGAGGAGUACCGCAUCCUCGAUGUCAACUGGCUGCUCAACAUCUGGCGGCCAGACUGCAUCUUUAAGAACGCCAAGAAAGUCACAUUCCACGAGAUGUCGGUGCCCAACCACUACCUCUGGUUGUACAAGGACAAGACACUACUCUACAUGAGCAAAUUGACUCUGGUGCUUUCCUGCGCCAUGAAAUUUGAGGCGUACCCACAUGACACGCAAUCAUGCUCCAUGAUGAUCGAAAGCCUAUCGCAUACCACUUAUGACCUGAUCUUCAAGUGGAACGUGACGGACCCGCUCAUGGUGAACCCAGAGAUAGAGCUGCCGCAGUUGGACAUCGCAAAAAACAACACCGAGGACUGCACACUGGCAUACUCCACAGGCAACUUCACCUGCCUGGCCGUCGUGUUCCAUCUGCGCCGCCGCCUGGGCUACCACCUCUUCCACACCUACAUCCCGUCAGCGCUCAUCGUGGUCAUGUCCUGGAUUUCGUUCUGGAUCAAGCCGGAGGCGAUCCCGGCGCGUGUCACACUCGGCGUCACGUCCCUGCUAACGCUUGCUACUCAGAACCAGCAAUCGCAGCAGUCGCUGCCGCCCGUCUCCUACGUCAAGGCGAUCGAUGUCUGGAUGUCGUCGUGCUCCGUGUUCGUCUUCUCGUCGCUGAUGGAGUUCGCCGUCGUAAACAACUUCAUGGGCCCGAUAGCUACGAAGUCGAUGAAGGGCUUCUCAGAAGAAGACCUUUCAAAUCCCGAUGAAAAGUAUCUGCGAUCUUCGCUCAGCCGGUCGCGCCGCCUGCUGGGAGGAGGCGCGCGCACGCCUCCCCAGCAGCCGCAGUACGUCACCUUCUGUCACGGCCGGGAGGUGGCGCUCUACAUUGACAAGAUGUCCCGGUUCUGCUUUCCACUGUCGUUCGUCAUCCUGAACAUCGUAUACUGGACGUCGUACGUCGAUUGGGAGGAGCUCGGGCAGGCGUAAGGACCUCCCAGGGCUCGUCGCCUGCCCUGACCGCGGGACCGACAGGGGACCAGCUGGUCUGACCUCGGCCUGCAGGCCGGCAGUGGGCUGGUACAACCCGGUCCGGCCGCCCCGUGCGGCCAACAGUGCCGUCCCGUGGUGCAACUUUAGAGACGAACACCUAGACGACAUAGCUCACGAGGCCGCCUGUGCUGCUCAGCUUUCUGUGCCGAGUGAGUGAGUCCUGUUACAUGUGUGGUGAGAGGACAUAUGGUCAGCGGUGUGUGGUCUGGAUGUAAUUGUGUCAGUGCUUGUGCGCGCUCAUCGUGGUUUCUUGUAAUUGCAAGAUCUGUACAUUCCUCAG